AUGUCAGAUUGCAGAUCGGCCCUUUCGGCAAUUCGCAACAAUCUAUUAACAGUACAUAGGAGCAAAUACGCGGUUGAGACUAGACUACUCAUUUACUUACUGGAGAGGGAGUUGGACACGAGGAUCGUUUUGAUAUGGAUUCCCUCCCAUAUUGGAAUUGCCGGGAAUGAAUUGGCGGACGGACUAGCCAAGGAGGCGGCACAGAAGCCUCCAGACAUGAACAUUAAGGUCCCAAUCGAGGACCUGAUGGCGGUAGCUAGAGAGGAGACCUGGCUCGCCACGCAGGCCUCUAUUAAACGGGACUAUACGUACAAGGGAAUAUUUUAUUUCCCGAAGUUCUACGACGAGAAGGCUCGUAAGCCGUGGUUUAGCAGGAUCAAUGCUGAAAGAUAUUUCGUGACCCUCAUCAACAGGAUCAGAGCGAAUCAUUACAAUUUGGGCUCAUCGCUGUUUAGGAAGAAUUACGUUGACUCACAGCGUUGUGAGUGCGGAUAUGAAUGCGAGGACUUGAGACAUGUCCUCCUACAGUGCCACAAGUAUGACGAUCUUAGGAUCAAAUUAGAUGAAGACCUUAGAGCCGCGAGUUAUCUUGCGGAAAUUGACGUAUACAGAAUGAUUAAAAAUAGAAAUUGGAAUCUGCUUUAUUUGAUUUUCAAGUUCCUCAAGGGAACAGGCAAGAUUAUUUAG